AGGUUGGUUCCAAAUCAACUUUGAAGUGUUUUGUCAUUGAUGGAGCGACUUGUUAGUUUAGUGUAACAGCUUUGGUUUUGUCCUGACAUACUUUUCCAGAGGUGUUGAUACUAAUGGUAGAAACACAUAGAAGGUAUUACAGCGUGUUAGACACGGAGGGUUCCAGUGGAAAACAUGAAGUGCUAACUAUUGAAAUGACACCUCUUCACCACGACAUAAAAAAUGCACCUUAAAAAAUGCAUUGUAGUGAUACCCGUGUUGCAUAUCAAUGAAAACGAAAGCCGUGUUCCCAGUGCAGGUUUUUAUCAGGCAUGGUGGUGCCGCCUCCCAGGACCAUGAAUUUGGGGAAGCAGCAGAUGGGACUAGUUGUGAUGAGUUUCUGAGCUAAUGCAACAGAUCAUCCCUUUUAUCUGAUUCCUCUCCUUUCUAGCCAGGCCUUUGAAGUGCUAAGUGUCUGAAAAUAAUUUGCAUAGAAUUACCUGAGCUCAUCUGUUAACUAACCAGCAGAUGUGAAAGCAAAAAACUGCCACAUAGUCGUUUUUAGAAUAAAGCUCCAGGCUCUCCCUAACUUUGGCGUCUUUUUGCCCGGCCUCACCGUCUUCCUAACUUCUUCCCCGCUUUCUGUGUUUCCGCCAAGUUGGGAUGGGCUGUGGGGUUUAAUCUUCUCAGCUCUGAGGACUGUCAUCUUUGUUCCACUCAGCACCCCAGGCAAGGUCGCACUUUGAAGCUUUUAUGGGACUCAGUCCUAUCUCUGUGAUCUCAUUGAACUGUCUUUAUCUUAAGUUCAACUGUCUUUAUCUUAAGUUCUGAAAUCUCUUCAUUCUUCUCAUUCCCUCGAUUCUUGUAAUUUGGGCUCUUUACCUAAUUUGGGGUCCACCUUUGUUUGCAGGGUCGGCUGGCGGCCCCUCGCCGCCCUUACAGCCCCGAACCCAGCUGGCUCCUGCUCUUACCUGAGCCCCUUCCGUUCUCUCUUUGCCUUUUGAAACCCGGCUCAACUUUUAAGGUUGAGUGGUCACUUUGCUGCCAUCCUUCUGCAGCUCCUUGCUUGUGUCUCCCACCCUCAGCCCCAGUACUUUUGCAUAUUUAUCUCAUAUUGUAAAGUCCGUUCCUUUAGGCCUUCUUAGGUCAGUUAUAAGCGUCGUCGCAAGGGCAAGUUCUGCGUUUCAUUCAUCUUUGUAUAUUCAUUGACUGAUUCUUACUAGGCAUUAAUUACGUGCUUUCUUUGCCCCUCUCUCAGCUUCAAUAAUCCACCAUUUGUAUUCUCUUUCGUGGUUUGAUGGUGGAAUAUUCGUACAGAAAGUUACCACUGACCUCUGGGUUCCUUUUCUUUCUCUAAUUCCUCUCCUUAGGCAAUUUUCUCUAUGCCCGAGGGCUCUAUGUAAGCAGGUACAUGAAACCCUACUCAGUUAUUCAGGCCAGAAAACCAUCUUCCCCAUAUUGAAAUCCUUGCCAUGUUUGCUCUCAAGUGACUCUUGAAAUCAUUUCCUUUCUCUCAUCACUGGUGUCGUUGAAGAAGCUGCGUCGUCUCUUGUCUAGGGACAGUCCCGCCUUCCAGUCUCACCUGGCCUCACCUUUGCCUUUUACUCUCUUCCAGCCCCUCCUGCCGCUGCACUGCAGUCAGCUGGGCUUUCCAGAGUGUAAAUCUUACCCCUGCCCCUUUACUUAAAACACUCUAUGACUUUCCAUUGCACUUAGAUAAAUUAAAGCACAAAUCCCUAAUGUGGCACCUUUGCACCAUCCGAUAGAGGAAUGUCCUUCUAAUCUUUUGAAGAUACAAGUACAGUUUUAACACUUUGAUGAACAAAUGUUCUGGAAGAGGACACUCGUUUAGACUCUGUGGUGUGAACUGGACAUCCGGUGGACUGCAGACUGAGCCCACAUUGUACAUAACCGGCUUCCAGAGCCUCUGCAACCACAGAUGGGGCGGAAGGGGUCCCUGCCUUCCUUCUCCUCUGGCUAGCAGAGGAGCCCCCAUGGGAGGAAAGGUGGCCCGAGGCAGAGACACAGACUUUCAUCACAGUGUUGAAGAAUAAUCAUGGGCCAGACUGGGAAGAAAUCUGAGAAGGGACCAGUGUGUUGGCGGAAGCGUGUAAAGUCAGAGUACAUGCGCCUGCGGCAGCUCAAGAGGUUCAGGCGAGCUGACGAAGUCAAGUUCCAAUCGUCAGAAAAUUUUGGAAAGAACAGAAAUCUUAAACCAAGAAUGGAAACAGCGAAGGAUCCAGCCUGUGCACAUCCUGACUUCUGUGAGCUCAUUGCGCGGGACCAGGGAGGCCAUUCACCUGCUCUUCCCUCUACGAUUUUCCAUAACACAGUUUUUACUUGGAACCAGCCUUCUGCCAAGAGUCUCAGUUUGGUUGUGUACUCCUACAACUACUAUUUUUGGCUUGACUUCCCUCUCCAGCUCCCAGUGGUCCAGCCACACAGUCGCCUAUUGUACCAGCUGGUUGAUUGUUCGGUGACCAGUGACUUGGAUUUUCCAACACAAGUCAUCCCGUUAAAGACUCUGAAUGCAGUUGCUUCAGUACCCAUAAUGUAUUCUUGGUCUCCUCUACAGCAGAAUUUCAUGGUGGAAGAUGAAACUGUUUUACAUAACAUUCCUUACAUGGGGGAUGAAGUUUUAGACCAGGACGGGACUUUCAUUGAAGAACUAAUAAAAAAUUACGAUGGAAAAGUACACGGGGAUAGAGAAUGUGGGUUUAUAAAUGAUGAAAUUUUUGUGGAGUUGGUGAAUGCUCUUGGUCAAUACAAUGACGAUGAUGAUGAUGAUGAUGGAGAUGAUCCUGAUGAAAGAGAAGAAAAACAGAAAGAUCUAGAGGAGAACCGAGAAGAUAAAGAAAGUCGCCCACCUCGGAAAUUUCCUUCUGAUAAAAUUUUCGAAGCUAUUUCCUCAAUGUUUCCAGAUAAGGGCACAGCAGAAGAGCUAAAGGAAAAGUACAAAGAACUCACUGAGCAGCAGCUCCCAGGUGCACUUCCCCCUGAGUGUACCCCCAACAUAGAUGGACCAAACGCCAAGUCUGUUCAGAGGGAGCAGAGCUUGCACUCAUUUCAUACGCUUUUCUGUAGGCGAUGUUUUAAAUAUGACUGCUUCCUACAUCCUUUUCAUGCGACACCCAACACUUACAAGCGGAAGAACACAGAGACGGCUCUGGACAACAAGCCUUGCGGCCCCCAGUGUUACCAGCACUUGGAGGGCGCGAAGGAGUUUGCUGCCGCCCUCACUGCCGAGCGGAUAAAGACGCCCCCGAAGCGCCCAGGCGGCCGCAGGAGAGGGCGGCUCCCCAACAACAGCAGCAGGCCCGGCACCCCCACCACCAACGUGCUCGAGUCGAAGGACACGGACAGUGACAGGGAGGCGGGGACCGAGACCGGAGGGGAGGGCAACGACAAGGAAGAGGAGGAGAAGAAGGACGAGACCUCCAGUUCCUCAGAAGCGAAUUCUCGGUGUCAAACACCAAUAAAGAUGAAGCCCAACGCCGAGCCCCCUGAGAAUGUGGAGUGGAGUGGCGCUGAGGCCUCCAUGUUCAGGGUCCUCAUCGGCACGUACUACGACAAUUUCUGUGCCAUCGCCAGGUUGAUUGGGACCAAAACAUGUCGACAGGUGUAUGAGUUUCGAGUCAAAGAAUCCAGUGUCAUAGCGCCAGCCCCCGCCGAGGACGUUGACACCCCUCCCAGGAAGAAGAAGAGGAAACACCGGUUGUGGGCUGCGCACUGCAGAAAGAUACAGCUGAAGAAGGACGGCUCCUCCAACCAUGUUUACAACUACCAGCCCUGUGACCACCCGCGGCAGCCUUGCGACAGCUCGUGCCCUUGUGUGAUAGCCCAGAAUUUUUGUGAAAAGUUUUGUCAAUGUAGUUCAGAGUGUCAGAACCGCUUUCCGGGAUGCCGCUGCAAAGCCCAGUGCAACACCAAGCAGUGCCCGUGCUACCUGGCUGUCCGAGAGUGUGACCCCGACCUCUGUCUUACUUGUGGAGCUGCUGACCACUGGGACAGUAAAAACGUGUCCUGCAAGAACUGUAGCAUUCAGCGGGGCUCUAAGAAGCAUUUAUUGCUAGCACCAUCUGAUGUGGCAGGCUGGGGGAUUUUCAUCAAAGAUCCUGUACAGAAGAACGAAUUCAUCUCGGAAUACUGCGGAGAGAUUAUUUCUCAAGAUGAAGCAGACAGAAGAGGGAAAGUAUAUGAUAAAUACAUGUGCAGCUUUCUCUUCAACUUGAACAACGAUUUUGUGGUGGAUGCAACCCGCAAGGGUAACAAAAUUCGUUUUGCAAAUCACUCAGUAAAUCCAAACUGCUAUGCAAAAGUGAUGAUGGUUAACGGCGAUCACAGGAUAGGGAUUUUUGCUAAGAGAGCCAUCCAGACUGGUGAAGAGCUGUUUUUUGAUUACAGAUACAGCCAGGCUGACGCCCUCAAGUACGUGGGCAUCGAAAGAGAAAUGGAAAUCCCUUGACGUCUGCUACCUCCCCCCUUCUCCUCUUGGAACAGCUGCCUUAGCUUCAGGAACCUCGAGUACUGUGGGCGAUUUAGAAAAAGAAAAUGCAGUUUGAAAUUCUGAAUUUGCUAAGUACUGUAAGAAUAAUUUAUAGUAAUGAGUUUAAAAAUCAACUUUUUAUUGCCUUCUCACCAGCUGCAAAGUGUUUUGUACCAGUGAAUUUUUGCAAUAAUGCAGUGUGGUACAUUUUUCAACUUUGAAUAAAGAAUACUUGA